CGGUCACCACUUAACAGUUCACACCGCCUACUCUCCUCAACCAUACCCUCCAAACACUUACCGUUAAAACGAAAGGCUCAUCUUUAACUUUCUUCUCUUUCACAGUGUUGACACUCUCCUCAUCUUCCCAUAAACCCUAAUUUCUCAAGAAAUUGAAUAUUUUGGGAAGAAAAUAUGCAAGCAACAUCCGUUGUAUUCAAUACUAAGCCUGUUCUUGCUCCAAUUCAUGUCAAGAGUUUAUAUAGUGACCCAUCCUCAUCUUCGUUGGUAGCAUCUCAAUCUAAUUGGGUUAAUAGGAAAAAGAGCAUUAAGUUGCGUUCUCGUAGGCAAUCUCAAAAUCGAGCUUAUCUUAUCCAACAUAAGUUGCAGAAUGUGCAGGGAAGAUGCCUUCAUCAGAAUGUGGAGCAAUUAAACAGAGCCAAUAUAUUAAAUCGGAGGCAGCCUGUUUCGUGCUUUCUUUAUCCUCAAACCAAACAGAUUCUUGUCGAAGGACCGAAAAAUGGAGUCUUUCUUGACAAGUCUAGCUUUCAUCUGUCAAAGCAGCCUCGUGCCAAUGUCAAAAAAUUGGAGGUUCCACGGGCAACUGUUGGCCCAGAUGAACCUCAUGCAGCAGGUACAGCAUGGCCAGAUGGUGUCUUAGAGAAACAAGGAUUUGAUAUGCUUGAUCCUGAAGUAGAGAGAGCAGAGUUUGAACAGUUUUUGAGUUCUGGACUUCCAUGUCACCCGAAAUUGCACAGAGGGCAGCUCAAAAAUGGACUUCGCUACCUCAUUCUACCUAAUAAAGUUCCUCCAAAUAGAUUUGAAGCACACAUGGAAGUUCAUGUUGGAUCAAUUGAUGAGGAAGAUGAUGAGCAAGGAAUUGCCCACAUGAUUGAACAUGUUGCUUUUCUCGGAAGUAAGAAGCGCGAGAAACUUUUGGGAACUGGGGCACGAUCAAAUGCCUACACAGAUUUUCAUCAUACAGUGUUCCACAUCCAUUCACCCACUAGCACGAAGGGCUCAGAAGGCGAUUGUCUUCCAGUGGUCCUAGAUGCUCUGAAUGAGAUCGCUUUCCAUCCCAAGUUUCUUUCUUCGCGAGUUGAGAAAGAAAGACGUGCAAUACUGUCAGAGCUACAAAUGAUGAAUACUAUAGAAUACCGUGUUGAUUGCCAGUUGUUACAACACUUGCAUUCCGAGAACAAGCUGAGCAAAAGAUUCCCAAUUGGGCUGGAAGAGCAGAUCAAGAAAUGGGAUGCCGAUAAAAUCAGAAAAUUUCAUGAACGUUGGUACUUUCCAGGAAAUGCCACCUUAUACAUUGUGGGAGAUAUAGAUAACAUUUCACAGACCAUUUACCAUAUUGAAGAUGUUUUUGGGCAAACCGAAAUGGAUAAUGAGUCUAAUUCAGCACCUAAUCCAAGUGCUUUUGGUGCAAUGGCUAGUUUUCUGGUUCCCAAGCUGACAGUUGGACUCUCAAGCAAUUCCACGCAUGAUAGGUCAUCUGUUUCGUUGGAUCAGUCCAAAGCGUUGCGGAAGGAGAGGCAUGCAGUGCGGCCUCCGGUUCAGCAUAAUUGGUCUCUUCCUGGACACAGCGAUGAUGCUAAAACACCACAGAUAUUUCAGCAUGAGUUACUACAAAAUUUCUCAAUUAAUAUGUUUUGCAAGAUUCCCGUGAAAAAGGUCCGAACAUAUGGUGAUUUGAGGAAUGUGCUAAUGAAGAGGAUAUUUCUUUCUGCUUUACAUUUCCGCAUCAACACUCGUUACAAGAGUUCAAAUCCUCCAUUCACCUCAGUUGAACUGGAUCAUAGUGACUCUGGAAGGGAAGGGUGUACUGUGACCACUCUCACAGUGGCUGCGGAACCUAAAAAUUGGCAGAAUGCAAUCAAAGUUGCUGUGCAGGAGGUCCGAAGGCUGAAAGAAUUCGGUGUCACAAAGGGUGAGUUAGCUCGUUAUACAGAUGCCUUGCUGAAAGAUAGUGAACAGUUAGCUGCUAUGAUCGACAAUGUUUCAUCAGUGGAUAAUCUGGAUUUUGUUAUGGAGAGUGAUGCACUUGGCCAUACUGUUAUGGAUCAAAGCCAAGGGCAUGAAAGCUUGCUUGCUGUUGCCGGAACAAUCACUUUGGAGGAGGUAAAUGCCACUGGUGCUGAAGUGUUGGAAUAUAUUUCUGAUUUUGGAAAACCAUCAGCACCACUUCCUGCAGCAAUUGUUGCAUGUGUUCCAACAAAGGUGCAUGUUGAAGGAGGAGGAGAAGAUGAAUUCAGAAUAUCUCCAGAGGAGAUUACAAGUGCUAUCAAAUCAGGUCUGAAGGAACCAAUUGAGCCAGAGCCGGAGCUUGAGGUGCCUACAGAGUUGAUCACAUCAGAACAACUUGAAGAACUGAGGUGUAAGAGGUGUCCAUCCUUUCUCCCAGUGGAGACAGAUUCAAAUGUCACUAAAUCCUAUGACGAUGAAACUGGGAUCGUUCAAAGACGUCUUUCAAAUGGUAUUCCUAUAAAUUAUAAGAUUACAAAAGAUGAAGCCAAUUGUGGGGUGAUGAGACUUAUUGUUGGAGGUGGACGGGCAGCUGAAAGUUCUCAUGAAAAGGGAUCCGUGAUUGUGGGUGUUCGUACUCUGAGUGAAGGAGGCCGUGUUGGAAACUUUUCAAGAGAACAGGUAGAGCUUUUCUGUGUGAAUCACCUAAUAAAUUGCUCACUGGAGUCAACAGAAGAAUUUAUCUGCAUGGAGUUCCGUUUUACCAUGGACAAUGCAAUGCGUGCUGCUUUCCAGUUACUUCAUAUGGUGCUUGAGCAUAGCGUUUGGCUGGAUGAUGCAUUUGACCGAGCUAAACAGUUGUACAUGUCAUAUUACCGUUCUAUCCCUAAGAGUUUAGAACGCUCAACUGCCCAUAAGCUCAUGCUAGCUAUGCUAAAUGGAGAUGAACGCUUUGUUGAGCCAACUCCACAUUCAUUACAAAACUUAAAUCUGGAAAGCGUAAGAGCGGCUGUAAUGGAUCAAUUCGUCAGUGACAACAUGGAGGUGAGUAUGGUUGGAGACUUCUCAGAGGAAGAUAUUGAGUCAUGCAUUCUUGACUACUUGGGAACUGUCAGACCAACAAAAGGUUUUGAGAAAGCACAGCAAUACAGCCCAAUCUUGUUUAGUGCUGCUCCCUUUAGUUUGCAGCAUCAGCAAGUAUAUUUAAAGGAUACAGAUGAGAGAGCAUGUGCUUAUAUUGCUGGCCCAGCACCUAACCGCUGGGGAUUUACUUUUGAGGGGAACGAUCUUUUUGAGUCUGUUGUCAAUCCAUCUGCAAAUGACCAUGAGUUGGAACAAAGCGACACGAACCUACAAGGACGAAUCCGUAACCAUCCUCUGUUUUUUGCCAUUGCGAUGGGUCUAUUGGCUGAGAUCAUAAACUCCAGGCUUUUCACAACUGUUAGGGACUCUCUCGGACUGACAUAUGAUGUUUCAUUUGAACUUAACCUUUUUGACCGGUUGAAGCUUGGGUGGUAUGUCAUCUCAGUGACUUCAACCCCUGGAAAGGUGCACAAAGCUGUUGAUGCUUGCAAGAAUGUCCUAAGAGGUCUGCAUAGCAACAGGGUUGCACCGAGGGAAUUGGACCGGGCAAGACGAACACUGCUUAUGCGACAUGAAGCCGAAAUUAAGUCAAAUGCCUAUUGGCUUGGAUUGUUAUCUCAUUUGCAAGCACCUUCUGUACCUAGGAAGGACAUCUCUUGCAUCAAAGAUCUCACUUUGUUGUAUGAAAAUGCUACCAUUGAAGACGUAUAUGUUGCCUAUGAGCAGUUGAAGAUAGAUGAGAACUCUUUGUACUCUUGCAUUGGUGUCGCCGGGGCUCAGGCUGGAGAAGAUGUUUCUGCCUCAUUAGAAGUGGAAGAAAUAGAUGAUGGCCUUCAAGGUAUUGUGCCCAUGGGACGUGGGUCAUCUACAGUGACACGUCCAACUACAUGAUUCAUUGGCAAAAAAAUUGUUGAUCAGAUAAGGUGGUAGGUUAGCAUAUACGUGUCAAAGGUUUACACGACAAGCUAGUGCAUCUCACAUGAUUAUUGACUUGUGGCUAAGAGGAGGUUUAGUAAGAUCUUUGAAGGUCUGAAACCUUCAGAAGUCCCCAAAAAAAUAAGCAAUUGGAGCUACUUCUUUGAUGGCUUGUGCAAAUAACUACUAUCCUUGAGGCCAAAGCAAGAUUAUUUGCAGAAGUGACGGCAUUUUACUCUGGUCAUCCAUUGAUCCUUUCGCAAUGUAUCGACUGUUUAAUGAUAAAGUCCACAUAGUUUUUUUUUUUUUUUUUGGUUACACCACAGAUCGAGUAGCUGUUGUAUUGCUCCCAUAUUUGAUGUAUAGAUUCUAUAGUUGGGGAUUUUUCUUUAUCCCCUGUAUUUGUUGAGGAAAGGGAGGAACUGACAGAUUACAACAGUUCAUGUAUUGUGUACAUACAUUAGUGCAGAUGCAGAAUAUACUUGCAUUCUUUUCUA